CCCGCCUUAUUUCCGGUCACGUGAGACCGACCGGGAACAGGAACAUGGCGGAAGUUUAUCUCUCGAAGUAAGCCCGAGAAUUAAAAAACAAAACAAAAAAAAAAAAACAAGGAGGCGUCUGGGCUUCAGAUUUGAUCUGCAACCCUAUUAAGGUCUCAGACCCGGCGUUGUUCCAUGGCCUCCACCGUUCCCAAACCAGGCCCUGGCAAUGGCCACCCCAUGAAGGCUCCGCUACGGAUCACUGUGACAUCAGCCAAGCUGAAGGAGAGCAAGAAGAACUGGUUCGGGAAAAGUCUGUACGUGGAGGUGAUAGUAGACGGCCAGUCCAAGAAGACGGAGAAGUGCAGCAACACAAACAGCCCCAAGUGGACGCAUCCUCUCAAUGUGCUCGUGUCACCCUUCAGCAAGCUGAAUUUCCGUGUAUGGAGCCAGAAGACGCUGAAGUCUGACGUGCUCUUGGGCACGGCCACGCUCGACAUCAGCGAGACGCUCAAGAGCAACGACAUGAAGCUGUGUGACGUGAUGCAGAUGUUGCCGCUGUAUGCAAACAAGGAGCAGACGGACGUUGUUGGAGAUCUGUCUGUUUGUCUGAACUGCAUGCAGUUCGACCCGGAAGCGUUCGCUUCUGCUGAGGCUAAUAACAACACCACGACAGACGGAGAGUCGCAGCAGAACGAGGACGUCGGCACGAGGAGGAGCAGAGAGGGUUCUCCGAGUGUGGCGGACGUUCCUAACGGACGUGCCGUCAACGGAACCGGGUCUCCCUCCAUCUCGAAUCGGGGGUCACGACCCCAGAGGCCGCCCAGACCCUCUCGACCGCCGCCGCCCACCCCACGCCGACCGCUGUCUUCUCCGGCAUGCCCCUCUAACGGUUCAGUCACAGACAGCAGCAGCUCGACUCAGCCAGAGACACCGGUGCGGAUCCCUAACGCCACCCCUGACCCCGCCCCCGUCGCCCCUCUGCCCACCCGGAUGCCCAUCACCAACACCGGGCCUCUGCCACCAGGGUGGGAGCAGCGAGUGGACCAGAGCGGCCGUGUGUACUUUGUGGAUCAUGUGGAGAAGAGGACGUCGUGGGAGAGACCUGAGCCUCUGCCUCCUGGUUGGGAGCGGCGCCUGGACCCUUUGGGACGUGUGUACUUUGUGGAUCACACGAGCCGGACAACAACAUGGCAGCGUCCCACUGUGGAGACGGUGCGCAACUACGAACAGUGGCAGCACCAGAGGAGCCAGUUAGAGGGGGCCAUGCAUCAAUUCAACCAGCGCUUCAUCUACGGCGUGCAGGAUCAGGCUGCAGCUGCUCAGAAUACAGAGUAUGACCCACUCGGCCCACUGCCACAUGGAUGGGAGAAGAGAACGGACGCUACUGGCCGAGUGUAUUUUGUGCACCACCCGACUCGUUCCACGCAGUGGGAGGAUCCUCGCACUCAGGGGCUGUUGAAUGAGAAGCCGAUGCCCGAGGGCUGGGAGAUGAGGUUCACCGUGGAGGGGACUCCGUACUUCGUGGAUCACAACAGGAGAACCACCACCUACAUCGACCCGCGGACGGGAAAAUCAUCACUUGAAAACGGCCCUCAGAUCACCUACGUGCGUGACUUCAAAGCCAAAGUUCAGUACUUCAAAUUCCAGUGUCAGCAAAUAGCGAUUCAGCAGCACAUCAAGAUCACGGUGAGCCGCAAAUCGCUAUUCGAAGACUCCUUCCAGCAGAUAAUGAGCAUUAAUCCCCCAGACCUUCGCAGAAGACUGUGGAUCAUCUUCCCUGGGGAGGAAGGCCUCGACUACGGUGGUGUAGCAAGGGAGUGGUUCUUCUUGUUGUCCCACGAGGUUCUCAACCCCAUGUACUGCCUGUUUGAAUACGCUGGCAAGGAUAACUACUGCCUACAGAUCAACCCAGCUUCAUCCAUCAACCCAGACCACCUCAAAUACUUCCGCUUCAUCGGACGCUUCAUCGCCAUGGCUUUGUUCCACGGGAGGUUCAUUGAUACAGGCUUCUCGCUGCCUUUCUAUAAACGUAUUCUUAACAAACCUCUGACUCUGAAAGAUCUCGAGUCCAUCGACCCCGAGUUCUACAACUCGCUCAUCUGGAUCAAAGACAACAACAUCGAGGAGUGUGGUCUGGAGAUGUUCUUCUCAGUGGAUAAGGAGAUCCUCGGGGAGAUCACAACUCACGAGCUGAAACCAGACGGAGGCAACAUUCUGGUCACAGAGGAGAACAAAGAGGAGUACAUCAGGCUGGUAGCUGAGUGGAGGUUGUCCCGAGGUGUCGAAGAACAGGCGCAAGCUUUCUUCGAGGGCUUUAACGAGGUCCUGCCUCAGGAAUUCCUGCAAUAUUUUGAUGCCAAAGAACUCGAGGUGUUGCUGUGUGGGAUGCAGGAAAUCGAUCUGGCUGACUGGCAGAGAAACACCAUCUACAAACACUACACACGCACCAGCAAGCAGAUCGUGUGGUUCUGGCAGUUGGUUAAGGAGAUGGACAACGAGAAGCGAAUGCGUCUGCUGCAGUUCGUCACCGGUACCUGCCGCCUGCCCGUGGGCGGGUUUAAUGAUCUCAUGGGGAGUAACGGCCCACAGAAGUUCUGCAUUGAGAAAACAGGGAAGGAGAACUGGCUGCCCCGGAGUCACACAUGCUUUAACCGCCUGGACCUGCCUCCAUAUAAAAGCUACGAGCAGCUAAAAGAGAAAGUGCUGUUUGCUAUAGAGGAGACAGAGGGCUUUGGGCAGGAGUGACACACACACACACACACACACACACACACACACACACACACACACACACACACACGAUAUAAUACCGUGAUGCAGCACAGAAACAAACUCGUCUAGCAAGCCUGUCUCGUUAGAUCUGGAUAAAUCUGGAAUGAUGAGCGUUUUCUAUUUCACGUCAGCGGUUCUCACUGCCCCCUUAACGCAGGAUUAAAUGCAUUUUACUGGGUCACAGAAAGAAAAGAUUAUCACAUAACCAACAUAACACUAUAUAAACAAAAUUUGUUAAGAGCUGAAAUUAUUCACCUGACUGCUGGGAGUUGUUUAACUAUAAACGUAAUAGACAUGGAUUGGAUUAUGGACAUUUAGUUGUAAUAAAAGUUUAUAACUUUUCACAAUAUAAACAAAAGUUAAAUAAUACGGUGGUUAUAUUGCAAUAUUAUGACUGUAGUCUUUUGGUGAAGCUAACCAGGAUCAGUCCCACAACCUAACAAAGCGUUCAGAGACCGCUGGAGAAAUCGUCUGAAUAUUGCUGUGUUUUGCUAUUAAUGAUCAUGUUACUUUGUGCAGCUCUACUUAUAAAACUCUGAGAAAUGAGGUAACAAACUCAUAGCUCAGUGAUGAUCUGUGUGCUGUGAAUAAUUCUUUUAUGAAGGGACUGAUUUAUUUAACGAUCUGCAUGCAUCUCCUGAAUGGGGAAAGUAAGAUGGAGUCUUGUUCUGAAGUCAUGCUUGGUUCUACCUAGAAACACAAGCUCUCUAAACAAAGCUGUUUUGGAGCAAAUAGAAGCAGAGUUUGUGAUACAGCCAAGAUGAAGGAACAACAUGGACUCCUUAUUGCAAAAUAACUGGCUGGCCUUAGACUCUGUAGUCUGGCCUCUCUAGUCCUAGACCUUGGUUUAGUCUGUCUGUGGACUUUUAGUCCUAUAAUUCUUGUUAGUCUGGCCUCAGACUCCCUAGAUUUAGGAACUAGUCCUAGGAACUCAGUUUAGUCCAGCCUUGGGCAUGCUUUAGCCAAAGAAUUCCUUUUAGUCUGGCCUUGGACUCUCAGUCCUUGAACUGUCUUUAAUCCAGCCUCAGGACUAUCUCGAGUCCUAGAACUCUGUUUAGGCCAGCAUAUAACUCUAUUCCUAGGAGUCUAAAGUCAGUUCUAGGACUAAGGGGCCAAGUACAGACUAAGGUGUGGCCUCAAGACUGUCUUGAGCCCCAGAACCCUUUAGUCCAGCCUCGUACUCUUAGUCCUAGAACUCUCUUUAGCCUGAGAACUCUGCUAAGCCCAGCCUUGGGACUCUGUUUAGUCCAGCCUACAUUUUUUAGUCCAGAUCUUAACAUUUAUGAAUUUAAGACAGCUGUGUUAGUUGUAAUAAAGGUUUAUAAGUAGAGCUGCAUGUGAGCUGUAUUGCUACACAGGGUGCUGAAGUGAACCCUUAAAUGUGACUUGGCAAAAAAAAAAAAAAAAAAAAAAACCCACAACUGUUAUAACCUUUUAUCCCAGUGAACACACCAGUGAGCAAUACAUUUUAAAACUGAAACAUCACUAGUGAAACUUACAUCACACACACACACGUCCAGACUCCUGUAGCAGACUCUGAAAACACACACACACACACACUUCACUGUUCACCUUUUGCAAUAAAAUACUAUUCAUUUCUCACAGGUGGAAAGCGAGUGCUGAUCAUCUGCACUCUUAACGCCCUCUGUUUUAUAGGGGGUUUAUUUCGAAAUGUCUUAGUUUCAUAUUCUGGAGCUCUACUGCAUCUGUGCUGAUCACCGUUUAUAGAUCAUAUUUACAUUUGUAAGAUAUUGUUAUUGUGGAUAAGAGGGUUUUGGAGAAUCGCUGAAGUCUUUCUGAAUCGGUAAAUUCUACAAAAAAAGUCUGUUAUAUAAGCUAGUACAGAAGGGAAUAAGAACAGGGAUAAGUAAGUAUUUGAAAACAGUAGUUAAUUAUCACUAAAAGACAAGACUGUAGCAAUAUUAUGAACUGUGAUAAAACCCGUAAAUAUCGGCACAUGACUAGUUUGCACCCAGAAUAUUAUUGUAGCGCAUUUGAAAUACUGGUCUUUACCACUGGAGUGAUACAGAGUGUCAUAUUCACCAAGAUAUAUGCUGAAUCUGGAUCACUUUAAGCACAAAGAGAUUUGAUAUUUAGAUUAAACCUGAUCCAGAUCAGCACUUGAACUCUUUCAUGCACAACCUGAUCUCUUUAAUAAUCACACAUCUACGCACGCUCUCGCUCUCUCUCUCUCUCUCUCUCUCUCUCUACACGGGAGAGAUAUUAGAAAUGUGUAGCCUGGUUUAUGGGGUGUUUCAUUAGCUUCUUGAAUUCUGGUUCUUUUUACCUUUUGCAGAAUUAAGCACAGUACUCAGCCCCUCGCUGAAUAUAACAGACUUUUGUGAUCAAAAAUAAAAAGAACAGCGUCUUCUGUUUCCUGCUGUAUGUAAACUCACGUUGACGCUAAUGUGGAGUUCUCUUAUGGUUGCUUUCCUAUCAUGUUAAAUACUGGCUACUGAAACUAAACUGUGUAAACUAUACAUCAACUAAAUCUUGUACAUUGUGUGAAUAUUUGAUUAAUUCUCUAUGAAAAAAAAAUCCUUUUACAAGGCUCCUCUAAAGUUUCUGCGCAUUCACUGGUUGAUUUAUAUGUACAGUAAAUUGUGUAAAAAUAAAAAA